ACCAAGCAGCUAGUGAAUAGGUUGCUUCCAAACAAUCCCUUACCGCUCAGUCUGCCAAUCGGCUUCCAUUUGCACAAUCUAUCUGCGGAUUCUCGGCCUUUCGUCCUCCAAUUCCUCUCCGUUUCAAUCCCCUCACUCUCAUGCCUCAGCUUUCCCAUUUCGUUUCAAAUCCUUCGGAAUCCCUUCGCAGCCAUCAGUUUCUCCAAUUCGACCCCUAACCACAGAAACUAGGGUUUCGAUAGGCAUCUUGAAGGGCUUUAUGAACCUGCACAUUUCUCCUCGUGCUUUCUGAUUUCUGUCUUCUCACAGAUCUGCGAUUUGAUUCGUGCCGUGCAUGUGCUGUUCUCGGCCGCGCUUCGAGUACACAUCAUGAAGCGCGAGUUAGACUUCGGAUUGCCGGAUCAGUCUCAGCUGGCUCAGGAACUUGAGGUUCAGAAUGGUGAGUUUAGUGGAGUGCCCGAGGAUAGGAUCGGCAAGAGGCUCAAGGGCGAGAUCGGCGGCUGUGAAGAGAGGAAGGGUUGGCGAAGUAUGAGUAGUGGGAUUCUUGUGUAUAGAAGAACCAGAAGGUUUAAGAAUGCCAAAGUCGAGGACAAGCCUAUCUGCAGUUUGGGGAGUUCAGUUUGUGAAGGAGAGAAGAAGGCGGAGGCUGAGUUGCGUGCGGCUUCAAGUGAGACAGAGUUGAGGGAUGGUGGAAAAAGUUCGAAUUCAGGAGGCUCCGGGGGUGGAGGAAUGGCGGUUGAUGUGCCAGUUGAAGCUACGAAGCUGCGGGAAUUGGGUUGUGCAUCGGAGGAGGACCUCGUGGAGUGUAUAGUUUCGGUGGCAGUUGGGUCUGAGUUACUGGACAGUAACAAUAAUGAAGCAGUUUUGUGCGUGGAAGUGGAUGAGAGUUCCGAAGCUAGUGCUUUGGAGACUCAAACAAAGAAGAAGCUAGAAAUUAAAAUGUCCAAGAAGAUUGCACUAGGGAGGAUACCCAAAACUGUAAAGGAACUUUUUGCUACCGGUUUGCUUGAGGGGUAUUCAGUUUUUUACAAUGGUGGUAGCAAGGGAUAUGCACUUCGAGGAAUGAUUAAGGGCAAAGGAAUCUUGUGCUUUUGUAGUUCGUGCAAUGGAUCUAAAGUUGUUAAUCCAUGUCAAUUUGAGAUCCAUGCUUGUAAAUCAUACAGACGAGCAGCACAGUAUAUAUGCCUUGAGAAUGGGAAAAGCCUCUUACAGGUGGUGAAGGCUUGCAGCAAUUCUCCUCUGGAUACCUUGGAUGAAACAAUUCAGAGUGCUAUUGGUUCAUUGCCUGAAAAUGAAUCCAUCAUUUGUCAAAACUGCAAUGGCUCUUUUCUUGCAACAUUUGCUGAAAAGGUGAAGAAACUUUGCAAAUCUUGCUCAGUUACAUUGCAACCUGAAGCCACUCCAACUGAUGCAGAUACUAGAUCUUUGGAACCAGACUUGGCUUUAAGGAAGUCCAUGAGAACUGCCAAAACAUGCACUUCAGCCGAAGAUGGGAGUCAAGAGAAGAUAAGAAAUAACAGAUCCUCUGAUACUGCUUUAAUAUCUGAAUCUCCUGGAAGUGGAUCAAUUUGUGUUUUGUCCCCAAAAAAGAGUCAACAGAAGAUAAUCGUAAAUUCCACCGUGUCAAAAUCAGCUUUGAAGUUUUCUUCAAGAGCUUCAGUGCGGAUUCCAUCAAGAAAUGAUGGUCGGGGGAAGAUAAUAAAAAAGUACUCAAAGCCUGUCUUGGCUCGAAAAUUGCAGGGAUGUGCUUCAGUGCGUAUUUUAUCAAAAAAUAAGAGUCAUCAGAAGAUAACAAAAAUGUCAUCGAAAGCUGAUUUAAUUCCAAGAUCUUCAGAAAGUGGUGCUCCUUGCAUCUCUCCACCAAAGAAGACUCAGUGGAAGAUUACAAAAAAAGAUCUGCGGUUGCAUAAGUUGGUUUUUGAGGAAGGUGGAUUGCCUGAUGGAACAGAGGUGGCAUAUUUUUCCCAUGGACAGAAAUUGCGCGACGGAUUUAAAAGGGGCCAGGGAAUAUUUUGUCAUUGCUGCAGUUGUGAGGUCAGCCCCUCACAGUUCGAAGCCCAUGCUGGUUGGGCUUCACGCAGAAAACCCUAUUCAUACAUUUUCACUUCGAAUGGGGUGUCACUGCAUGAAUUUGCAAUAUCUCUGUUGAAAGGCCGUAAGUGUAGUGCCAAGGACAAUGAUGACCUGUGCAUCAUUUGUGCUGAUGGUGGGAAUCUCUUGCUUUGUGAUGGGUGCCCAAGGGCCUUCCAUAUAGAGUGUGCAUCAUUAUCAAGCAUUCCUCGUGGUAAAUGGUACUGUAACUAUUGCCAGAAUAUGUUCCAAAGGGAGAAAUUUGAGCGUAAUGCCAAUGCUGUAGCAGCUGGAAGGGUUUCUGGAGUUGAUCCUAUUGAACAGAUAACCAAACGGUGCAUUCGAAUAGUUAAAAACCCUGAAGAUGCUGAUCUCAUUGCAUGUGUUUUGUGCAGGGGUUAUGAUUUUAGCAAAUCUGGAUUUGGUCCACGAACAGUUAUAGUUUGUGAUCAGUGUGAGAGGGAAUACCAUGUUGGUUGCUUGAAGAAAAAUAAGAUGGCAGAUCUAAAGGAAUUACCAAAGGGGAAGUGGUUCUGCUGCAUGGAUUGCAGGAAGAUUUUUUCCACCUUGCAGAAUUUGCUGAAUCAUGGAGAAGAGAAGAUCCCUGAUUCUCUUUUGGAUCUCAUAAGGAAGAGGCAUGAAGGUGAUAUUUCUGAUAGUGUUGUAGAUUUUGAUGUGAGAUGGAGGCUUCUCAAUGGAAAAAUUGCUUCCCCUGAAACUAGAUCAUUACUAUCAAAAGCUGUUGCCAUUUUCCAUGAGUGCUUUGACCCAAUAGUUGAUUCAGCUACUGGCCGUGAUUUCAUUCCAACUAUGGUUUACGGAAGGAACAUCAGGGGCCAGGACUUUGGUGGGAUGUACUGUGCAGUAUUAACCGUGAAUUCAUCUGUGGUAUCAGCUGGAAUCUUCAGAGUUUUUGGACAGGAAAUUGCUGAAUUACCUCUAGUUGCAACUAGUACUGGCAAUCAACGCAAGGGCUAUUUCCAGAUAUUGUUCUCCUGCAUUGAGAGAUUUUUUGCGUCCUUGAAAGUGAGGAAUCUGGUCCUCCCUGCUGCUGACGAAGCAGAAUCAAUAUGGACACAGAAAUUUGGUUUUGAAAAGAUACCACCUGAACAACUUAGCGAUUACAGAAAAAUCUGUUGGCAGAUGCUGACCUUCAAAGGAACAACUAUGCUACAAAAACUGGUUCCCCAGGGUUGAUCUAUGCAUUAGUAACUUUGAUGUAUCUAUAGAGUCCAGUUGAGUAUAUCAAAGCCAAUUUUUCUUCAGCGGCCUCAUCAUGUAAUAUAGUUGGUUGUUGUUAAUGGUCAUUGGAUUGGAAAGGAGACGGUCAUGGUAGUAGUAGGUGAAAUAUAAAUUUACAAAGGAAAACUAUACCAUUUAGUUUAUGUUUAUGGUUUUGAAAGAUAGAAAUUGGUGUCAAUGUGUAAAUGCAUUUGAAUGGUGUUUUCCUUGUAGUCGAGCUGGAGCUCCAUGUAACUGAUGUUUUGGUGUGUUGCAUGUAUCCGUUCUAUCUACAAUGUUAUUCAAGUGUUUUCUUAGG